AUGGACAAGCCAGAUUACGACUCCCGUGUUCUGAACAUGAUCGCUGAUGGUCCAUAUGAAGAGUGCAAGUUCAAGAAUGGAAAACUGAAAGACCCCCUCAAUGCGAUGAUUGAAGAGGCUAACGGCGUUCGUCAGAAAGUAGCGCGUUUGGUGGGUGAAGACUGUCUGGAACGAAAAUUCCACGUACCCAACCCAAAGGUAGCGUCGCUCUACUGUUUGCCGAAGAUUCACAAGAAUCCAGUAGGAAUGCGACCAAUCUCUUCCAACGUCUCGACUCCUACCGAGAAGAUGGCCGCUUGGCUAGUUAACGAAUUGAGAAAACAUCCUGUAACUCACGGGAGGAGCGUCCGUAACUCUGUUGAAUUGGUGGAGCACCUGAAAGAUAUCGAACUACGGCGAGGGGAAGUACUAGUAUCGUUUGAUGUAACUGCGCUUUUUCCAAACGUACCAGUAAAUGGCGCUUUGAACAGCCUGCAGAGACAUUUAGAACGAUGUCGAGUGCCCCGACACCAUAUUGAGGCGUAUCUUUCGGUGGCAGCCCGAAUAGAAAUUGUAACGUAG